CGAAUAUUAGUUUAGAAAAAGUCAAAACCAACUCUCCCAUUUGUUGGAGUAGGGUCACACGAUGAGCCACAACAAUCAUGGCUUCCCAGAAUCAGGCGCUAUUUCCGUAUCGUCACUGUCGCACAGUUCAUACGUCUUCCCCUCGGUAACAAAUGUUUUUAAUGUGUAUAUUCCAUCGCCUAUCCAUAUUACAAUGAGUGGCUGUUUAGUUCUCUCUUGAGCAAGUUAUUAUCGCUGAUAAUUAGAUAAUUACGUGUAGCACACGACGUUAGCUGUACAUGCUAACAAGUUACCAGGAAGUGAGAACAUUAGCCACAUAGUGGGUCCUAAAAUGAUGAGACAGGACUCCAACGAGGAUGAAGUGUCGCUGUUUGACGCCGAAGACGAUGAGGCUCGAAAACCGAAGAAAUCGAAAAUCAAACACCCUCUGGCCUGCUUCUUCCACCUGUUCUUCCGUGUGAGCGCGGUCCUGGCCUACCUGCUGUGUGAGGUGCUGAGUAGCAGCUUCAUCGGCUGCAUGGUCACCAUCAUCCUCCUCCUCUCCUCCGACUUCUGGACUGUGAAGAACAUCACUGGCCGGCUCAUGGUUGGGCUGCGCUGGUGGAAUCAGGUGGACGAGGACGGGAAGAGCCAGUGGAUGUUCGAGUCCAGGAAGGGAAGCGAGACGAAUCCUCCCUCAGGCUCAGAGUCUCGGAUCUUCUGGCUGGGGCUGGUGGUGUGCCCCAUCAUCUGGGUCCUCUUCGCCUUCAGCACCCUGUUCUCCUUCAAGAUCAAGUGGCUGGCGGUGGUGAUCAUGGGGGUGGUGUUGCAGGGUGCUAAUCUCUACGGUUACGUACGCUGCAAAGUGGGUGCCCGGACCAGUCUGAGGAACGUUGCCACCAACUACCUCGGCCGACAGUUCUUUAAACAGGCUAUGGCUAAACCAGCGGAGUCCUAGGAGCUUCUGCCAGAAGUGCGUUGAUGUCUGCGUUAAUCCCGAUGCUAAAUCUUACAAUCCCAUUUUUGUAAAAGGAGAAACCCCUAUUUUGAAAUCUUUCGCCGUAAUUAAAAACGUAACUCGUUUAUAAAAGAUGACUGGAUAUGCUGUGCUGUAGUUUGCGAGAAUACUUGAAGGUGUAUUUUUUGCUGGUGUGAUGUCACUUCGAUGGCAGUGGAGGUUAAGACGCUGUGGGACGGGACAGAUGAGCAGUAUUACUGUUAUUUUUUCUUUUUUUAAACAAACCGCAUCUUUAAGAAACGCUCUUGUGAUUUCAGAGGAUGUGGGAGUAACUAUAAGGGCUCGAAUUUGUAGGUUUUUUUCUUUUUUCUUUUUUCUUCCCUUUUCUGAGAUUAUUCUGUAUUUACACACACACUCCAGGGUUUCCUGAUUUUAGUUUUUAUUUUAAUUAAUCUUAUUUUAGCAUAUUUAUUUUCUCCUAUUUGGAUACACUAUAUAAAAAUUAUCGUAUGAUUGAUGGCUUUACGCUGAUGGUGCACAGUAAUAAAAUGAGCUUUGUAUAUAUAUAUUUAUGUAAACAUGUUUUGGGCACUGUGUGAUUUAUUACCCUAGACUGACGUUUGCCUCAGAUAGGAAAGGAAACGGUCCUUUGUCCUUUUUACUUAGUAAAAAAUUUAAAUAAACUAUAUGUGAUGUGA